AAUACCUUGUGUUGUAAUCGCUCAGUAUAAUGAUUCUCCAAGAGCUUAAAAGCUGAGGAUUCAUUGUUGGAGGCCAGAAGAUCGGAGGCUGCACCGCUGGACUUUUUGUGCUGCACAAAGUAUAGAUUCUACGAAAUCCAAGUUCACAAUGGACCUGGUCACAGUUCUCUUGUCCAUCGUCGUCAUUUUAUAUUUGGCCAAUGUCUUCAAGAACCAGAAACAUGGAAAUAGCAAAAGUUUACCACCAGGUCCAACACCUUUACCGAUCAUUGGGAAUUUUCUCACUAUAGACUUGUCAAAACCUCAUAUAACAUUAAUGAAGCUGGCUAAGAAGUAUGGCCCAGUCUACAGCAUCCACAUGGGCAUGACAAAAACUGUUGUCUUGUGCGGUUUUGAGGCGAUUAAAGAGGCGCUCAUCAACCACGCUGAAGUCUUCUCCGACAGACCCGUUAUACCUUCCAAUGCCAAAUUAUCGGGGAACAAUGGUGUUGUUUUUUCCAAUGGAGAAAACUGGAAAGUGAUGAGAAGAUUUACGCUCUCCACACUACGAGAUUAUGGAAUGGGGAAAAAAAACAUCGAAAACAGGAUCAGCGAGGAGGCUGAGUGUUUAGUGCAGAAGUUCAGAUCCUACGAAGGAAAGCCCUUUGGUGAUUUGACCAGCAUUAACGCAGCCGUAGCCAAUAUCAUUGUGGCCAUAAUGCUCAGUAAAAGAUAUGACUACGAGGAUCCGACCAUACAGAGGCUGAUGGGUUUAAUCAGUGAUAAUGUAAGACUUGGGGGAAGCCCAUGGAUCAGGCUAUAUAACAGUUUCCCGUCACUGAUGGACGGUCUCCCCGGACCUCACCGAACAGUUUUAAGGAACACCAGAAAGCUCCAGAAAUUCAUAAGAGAAACAUUUACCAAACGGCUGAAAGAACUGGAUGUAAAUGACCAGAGGAACCUUGUGGAUGCCUUUCUAGCCAAACAACAAGAGGGAAAGUCUGAAUCCACCGAAUAUUACCACAAUGAUAACUUAACUGCACUGGUAGCCAACCUGUUCGCUGCUGGAAUGGAGACCACAGCAACAACCCUGAGAUGGGGGCUUCUGCUCAUGAUGAAAUAUCCCGAGAUUCAACAAAAAGUCCAUAACGAAAUUGAGAGAGUGAUGGGAUCGGCCCAACCUCUGAUGGAACAUAGGAAACAAAUGCCGUAUACUGACGCCGUCAUCCAUGAAAUUCAACGUUUUGGGGAUAUUGUACCAAAUAAUGUUCCACAUGCAACAUCUGAAGACGUCACAUUCAGAGGGUAUUUUAUUCCAAAGGGCACUUUUAUUUUCCCGUUGUUACACUCUGCACUCAGAGAUGAAGAUUACUUUGAGAAGCCGAAUGAGUUUUAUCCAGAACACUUUCUUGACUCUAAUGGAAAUUUGAAAAAGAAUGAGGCCUUCAUCCCCUUCUCAAUAGGUAAACGUAGCUGUGCUGGGGAAACCUUGGCUAAAAUGGAGCUAUUCCUGUUCUUCACAACACUAUUACAAAAUUUCACUUUCAAGCCUGUACCCGGAGCCAAACUGGACCUUACUCCUGCACUGGGGGCUACAAACUCCCCCAAACCCUAUGAAAUCUGUGCCAUACCUUGCAGAUAGACAAUGUGUUCAUUGAUGCUCGCAAUGAGAGAUGUUGGAUACCAUUGUAAUUUGGAUCCCCUCACACCUCUACAACGUUUAGUGUGUCCCCAUCUAACACUUAUAAUGAUAAUAAUAAUUAUAAGUGUUAGAUAAUUAUAGUAAAGGUCUCCAGUAACAAGGUAUCAACAUAAGGGGGGGAAGGGGGGGGGGGUUCGCAUGUGCUUCCUUCCACACUGACAUUGAGUGACAUACAAGGUUAACACAGUAGAGACCAACCUCUAGGGACUGACCUCAUGACUAGUUAUCCCGGAGGCUUUUAAAACUACAAUUUUUCAGAAGCAUUUGUGAGGUCCCAGUACAGCAUCCUAUACGGUACCUGUAUAGAGGUCCCCAUAGCCAGAGUCCCUAGGACGUCGGGGUCCUUCUUACCUAGUCCGCCCCUUGUCACCUCUCAUCUAGGUAUUAGUAAUCUAACAGUUUAUUCAGGAUUUAUAUAAAUCUAAUUGUACAAAUGUAUAUAAUUGGUUAAUUACCUGUACGGAGCGUAGCAGGACCUGCGGGUCACGUGAUCAGGUAAACUCUAUGGUUUUUGCUUGAGGACCUUUGGAGGUCCCUAUGACGUAUUGCACCCAUCAUUCCUUGUAACGGUGAGUGACAGUUAUUUGGACCAAUCAAAGCGGCCCCGCCCCUGUCCAUAUAAGGGAGCGGCGGCCAUUGUUAGCUCUCUUUCCUCGUGGGUUGUUGUUAGAGAAGGAUCUGCGCUGCUGUCAUCCUGAGUUUCGGCCCGAGCCUUGCGGCAACGGCUGAUCAUUACAAAACCGUGAGUGUAUCAAUCCCUAAGCACUCUGCAAGAUCACCGGACCUUAUCUAUGCCCUAAAUCCGGAUAGAUCUUCGCAAAUUACCCUGAAUUCUGAGACUUAUAACAAAAGUCAAGGUCCGCAACAACUGUCAGUCACUGAAGUGUAUAGAGACUGUUUGAAUGAGACUGUUACUGUUCAUUGGAUGUACCGCAAGCCUUUAAGUAAAGUUUACCCAAGUUCAAGUUCAACUAUCUUGUGGACCUUCAGUCAUUUUAUGCAUGCACCUAUCGUUACUGGGAAGGGCGGCGAUAGGCCGGAGAAUUACCUCAGCAUACUAGGCCUCAGCCUGGCAUCACGAACAAUAGGGUUAACCUUAACCCCUAAUAUACUGAAGCAAAACCCUGAUUACACUACCACUACCCCAGAGGCCUACCGCACAUUCAACCAUUUUCGGUGCUAUCACAUUAUUUCUGUUUCAAGCUUCCCAUAAUUCAGACAGCUUGAAACAAUCAAUUCUGGUGUCCAAAAGAGGGAACAUUAAUUGUAAACUUUCCCCAUUGACUUCAUUGGGGAUGUCAGAAUCAGCAGUUAAUCCAAUUUCGUGAUUUUUGCUGCAGAAACAUUGUGGAUCCACAGCAAAAUAAGAGUGCAGAAUUUGAAACACUUUUCUUUUUAUCUUUUACAAUCUGACUUUUUUUGGCGCAAAAAAUCUACGCUGAAAUCAUCACUGCUCAAUGCAGAUUUCCCACUAUGGAUUUUGUUAGUGAAACUCUGCAUAUUUUUUUCACUACAUGUAGCUGUAUUCUGAGGCUAUGUUCACACAGCACGUUGUGAUUGCCGGAAUGUUCCGCUCAAUUUCAAAAAGAUUCUGCUGCGCUGGGCACAUGGCGGAGUUUCCGCAGCAAAUGUUUCUGCUUCGGAUCCCACUUCCUACGUCUAUUCUUUUUGCAGAUUCCACUGGGAAAUACAUUGCUGUCUAUUAGACGACACAUUUCUGUGCGGUCCUAGGGCCCACCGGUGUGAGGUGGAA